AUGCCCGCUCAUGUUUCGUUGCGUGCUCGACUAAUCGACCUGAUGGAAAUGGAAGAGUGCAUUUGGUAUAAGGGCGCGCCUGAUUACGGCAGAAGAGAUCGAGUUGAAAGCGCAUGGGAGCGCAUUAUGCAGGAUUUGGAAUGUCUAGGCCACAGAACUAACGUGGCGGAGCUCAAGAAUAUGUGGAAAAACUUGAAAGACACGUAUCGAAGGAAAAACAAUCCAACUACGGGAUCUGCUUCGGGGCCGCAAUGGACGUACUUGCAGGCCAUGCGAUUUCUUGAAAGGAAUCAGCACGACGGCCCCACCCUAUCGAAUGUCGACGAGGAAGGCAAUUAUAGGAUGAGUCUGGAACUGGAGUCGAGUUCUGUGGCUAGUCAAAACGACACUCCCCCGUUGCAGUCUUCUGCACCUAAAAGAGGGAGAAGGGACAGUGAUGAGUUGAUGGCCACUCACGAAGGAGGACCAGUCUCAGCCCAAGUGCCGCAAACUGACACCCCCUCACCACGAAUGAAAGGGAAAAAUAGAAUAGGAAGCAGGGAUGGUGAAUUUGAAUUGAUCUGA